AUGAGCGAAUGUAAUCGAAUAAAUUCGAUUGGUGUCUCUUGGCUUGCAAGAGGAUGUAUCAAUUUACAAACUUUGUCAUUAGCAUAUCAAGCAGGUGUUACCGAUCAAGCUAUACAGCUAUUUAUUAACAACUGCCAUCAAUUGAAACAUAUGGACAUUUCCGGUUGUCAGCUUUUAACUGAUCAUGCCUUUCUUCCACUCCUUGAAACAGAAGAGAACAAAUCAGUAAAUAUUCAACUAGAAAAACUUAACAUGAGCGGUCUGGACUUGCUAUCCACAUCUCUAAUUCAUCAUAUUUUAAACAAGUUAGAAUCUUUGCAAGAACUUUGUUUAGGUGUUACAUAUGAUCUUGAUCAAGCGUAUCGUAUCCUGGAAACAAUCAACAGUUGUGAACCUCGAUUUUAUCUUGAUACCGGGAAAUAUUACACAAUUUGUAAAAUAAGAGCUCCAUUGAUGUUACCUUAUACUUGUAAUAGAGCACCUACGAAUGUUAAUAAAGCAACAGCGACAAAUAUUAGCAGAAUAUUAACUUUACCAUCUUCUUCAACUUGGAAUUUACCAACUUCAUUAUUUCCAUUAUAG